GAGCUCCACCCGUUCGCGCGCGACCAGGCCCUGUCGCAGCUGCGACGCGACGCCGGCAGAUACGCCGGCUUCGCGGACUGCGAGGGCGGCUUCGGGGCGUACCUGGACCGCAUGAGGGCCGCGGCGGAGUGGGGCGACAACCUCACCUUGCAGGCGAUCGCCGACACGUACAGGGUCCAGAUCUGCAUGGUUACGACGUACCUGGAGCGCGGCUUCCUGCACAUCUCCCCGUGGGGAGCCGGCGGCGCUGCGAACCAGAUUUGGCUGGGCUUCUAUGCGGAGUACCACUACACCAGCCUCGAGCCGCUGGCGUGA